ACGACCCCUCUGUGGCUAAACGAUCCCCGAGCAGCCGCGUACUCGGCGCUCGAUUAGCCAGACCUGGAGGGCGCGGCGGGAAACUGGCGAUCCCAGUCGGGGCUCCAUUGUGCUAGGCAUUAUAGAAACAUAACAAAAAGAUGUUCCAGCCCCCAAUAACUUACAGUCCAAGUAAAAGACAAGCAACAACAGGUGGAUACAACAAAUAAACAGGACACAAAGACUCUAGAUGGACUUUUUGGCUCUCUUCAUAAUUUAUCUGCUAUUAGUUCUGGCUAGCGUUGUUCUAGUCUGCAUCUAUUCAGGAAGGAAAGAGAGUUUUCCUGCAAGAGGCCUCAGUUGUAUAACUCAGGUAUCUUCAUUUGUAAUCCCAACACGGCUUCAAAGAGCAACACAGAGGGUGCUUCACAGGCUCUUCCACACACGAAGUUGUCUGUUCGUUGUCCUGCACUUAGCCUUGCAAGUGGCAGUUUAUGGUGAAUACACUUGGGAAGUAUUUGGCUACUGCAAAGAGAUGGAGUUCAGCAUUCAUUACCUUCUGCUGCCAUAUUUGUUGCUGGCUGUGAAUAUGGGAUUUUUCAUUCUGUGCUCUGUGACCAACCCUGGUACAAUAACACAAUCAAAUCAGGAGUCAUUUCUUAAGGCUUAUGCAUACGAUGGAGUAAUGUUUCAGAAAAGCACCAUGUGUCCUACAUGCAAUGUGGAAAAGCCAGCCAGAUCUAAACACUGCAGUGUAUGUAACAACUGUGUACAUCGUUUUGAUCACCACUGUGUUUGGGUCAACAACUGCAUUGGUGCUUUCAAUACAAGAUUUUUUCUCAUUUACCUCUUCACUCUGACUGCCAUGGCUGCAAACCUUGCAAUCAUAACAGCAGCAUUUCUAAUCCAAGUAGUGCUGCUAUCAAAUAUAAUGCUUGGAAGUUACAUUGAUGAUCAGGGGCAAGAGCAUGCAGUUGAGAUUCUCUUUCUUAUUCAGCACCUGUUCCUGACGUUUCCUAGAAUUGUCUUCAUGCUUGGUUUUGUUAUUGUCCUAUCUCUGGUGCUGGGGGCGUAUUGCUGUUUCACUCUGUACCUGGCCCUGACUAACCAAACAUCCAAUGAAUGGUAUAAAUCUAGAAGAUAUGAAUGUUCUUGCUGUCAGGCGUUGCAACCCCAUGACAGGCACAUUGUUUACAGAAAUGUUUAUUCUCAAGGAGUUUGGGUCAAUUUAAAAGAAAUCUUUAAACCUACAAGUUCAGAAAAAAAGAAAACAUGAGGAAAUAGUUACAUCUUUUAAAAUCUAUAUUUAUUUUUAAACUUUUCCCAAAGGAUCUAACUCGAUGAAGAGCUUUUUGCCAGCACCAAGGACCCUUGAAAUGAUACUGUGCUUUUCAUUAAGUGCUGUAGCUAAAAAGAGAUUUUGUUUUCUAAAUGACUAAAUUAUAAAAUAUAUUUUUAUAAAGCUGA